AUGCCGAAAUAUUACAGAUUUAGGGCAACAAACCCUACUCGUAAAUUAAAAAGAAGUAAAGAUAAUGAGAAGGAAAAGGAUGACAGGACCAAAGAAUUCGACAGAGGCUGGCUCGACCUAACAUUGGCUUGCACUUUAGCCCCAUCGUGGUAUCUGCGACGAACUUCAUGGCGUGAGUCCCCGCCAGUGACAGGUCUCUCGCGACAGUUAGCGGCUGGUCUUCGCUCCUCCCUACAAUUCAGUAACAGACCGAUAUUCGUAUUCAAAAUGCCACAAAGAGAUUUUAAU